AUGGCAGCUGUUUCCCUACCGGAAAAGUAUCUUGGAAUGAAUGAAUCACACCACGUAAAGAUGUUGGAGGAGGAACGAGCUGGCGGCAACACGGGCCCAAUCCCAUAUAAAGGAAGGGAUAGAACCUUCCUGAUCCCAAUAGGCAACGCACCCUCACUGAGCAAAGAAAACGGCGUGAGGUGCUUCGUGGGCGAAAACGAAACGACUCCUACUGCCGUAAUUCGUUACGCGGCGCUGGGGGACAGUUACGCCUCAGGAAUCGACGCCGGCAGAAAACUUCACAAUUCCUGUUGGCGGUUUAAGGACAGCUAUCCUAUGCAGUUGAUCCGUUCAGGCGUGCUGGGUCAAAACCACGCUUUUCAGUUUCUUGCCUGCUCGGGCGCAGUGAUGGGUAUACCAGGUACUCCCUUUAGCAAGCAUAAAUCAAUCGAUAGACAGAUAAAGGCCCUCAAACCCUCUGAUCUAGUCACGUUGUCGAUUGGAGGCAAUGAUGCUGGUUUCUUUGAUAUCCUUAACGCAUGCGUUUAUCGAUUCUAUGGCACCCGAUCGGGAAAUUGCAGCGAGCAACUGGAGAAAUCAAAGAAGCUUAUUUCCAGCGACGAAUUUGCGGAUGCAUAUCAUAAGACCUUAAUCAACAUAUUAGCCAAAGGCAAUGGGCCUCAUUUUCGUCUCCUAACAUUAGGAUAUAGCCCGUUCUUCGACGAAGCCCUUUCUGAUGACUGCAAUAACAGAUCCUUCGGAUUUUGGAAAAUGUGGCAGCCGAAGCUUACGGUAAAUUUACGCCAACAACUAAAUGAAAUCUCCCUCGAACUGAACAACAAGAUUGUUCAUCUCAUCAAGGACUUAGAUGAUGAGCGGAUCGUUUGGGUUGACUGGUCUCCCAAAUUCAAAGACCAUCUUUUUUGCCAACGGGGUAACAAAACGAUAAGCGAUGGCGACAAUACUUGGUUCUUCGAUGUGGAUUUCAGCUCAACGAACUUGACGAAUGACGAUGUGUUACGUCGAUGUCGACACUUGCACGCCGCAAUCGCAGUACUCCAGCGAUUGGGGCCACCUAGCCGCUUGUGGGAUCGCGAUGGUCAAUGCGCAACCUUCGGAAUAUUCACAAAUGCGAUAUCAGAGCUCAAACGAUGA